UCCUGCGGCACGUAAAAGCGAGAGCGCCAAUAGUCCGUGGCCACGACGACGACGACGGAACGAUAAUAAUGUAGGUACAAUGCGAUCUCUUCGUAGCUUGUACCUUCCUCUACGGCGGCUAGGUUCAGGUCCGGAUCCGGUCUCAAUGAACCUUGACAAGCAUCCAGGCCAGAUCUGGGGUCUUGUAAGUUGUUGGUUUGGUUGAUAUGGAGAUUCUACAGGCAUUGGGCUAGCUAGCGGAAGGGGUCACAGGAGAACGAAAAUGUGUGCUCACUGCCUACUGUUCGGUGGCACUCAACUUGGUGCCUGACGAGCACCAUGGCCGACCAUAUUAGCUCGGGCUGGAUUUAGCUGGCGCAAUGGACUUCUUCAAAGGUCGAGGAAAGAAAGGUGGAAGCGGUGGGAAGCCUGAGAUUCCUCGCAGAAAAGUCAAGAAUGUGAUCGGUCAGGUAGCUUCGAAAAUUAUCAAGAGCCCGUACCGGCCUCUGGAUGUCCGUCGACAAGAGAUCCGACUGCUGGAAGUCAAGCCCGGUGCGGAGGAAGAUGAGCUCAGAUGUCGCCUGUUUCAGAUCCCUCUGCCAAAAGCGGAGGAGGAAGUCUAUGAAACGAUAUCCUAUGUCUGGGGCGAUCCAACAGCACUCUUCACAAUUGAGGUGAAUGGCUCAUCAUUCGAUGUACCACUCAGUGCCGCAGAGGUCCUGCGCCGCUUUCGAGAAAAGAAGUACUAUCGGUUCCUCUGGAUCGACUCGGUAUGCAUAAACCAAGCGGACCAAGCGGAGAGGAGCGAGCAGGUGUCGAGAAUGCACGAGAUCUACAAGCGCGCGGAAAGAAAUCUAAUUUGGCUUGGGCCA